AAUCAGUUGGAGAAAAAGAUUUGUUACAAAACACGACACUAAGGAAAGGUCAUAUCUGUAGCUGAAUCUGUUGAACUAUAAAACAUCUCCGAUCUUGGCUUGGCUUUGAAUCAGCGCGGCGUUUCGUAUCUGCCAUACGGAACAGGGGCGGAUUCCGGGGGGUCCGGGGGGGGCACAGGCCCCUUAUAGCACGGUCAGGGGUGCUCCGCUCUGCAGACUAAUCGCGCGCACUCUAAUAGGCAUGGCUCUCAAGCUCCUCCCCCCUGGAAACGGCGGGUCCUAUAUAUACGUCGACCCUCACGCACCGCGUGGAGAUGUGGAAGCGCUCGUCUCCCCUGAACCCGCCACGCUCAGAGAAGCGCAGGAAGUCUUGCCACGCUUUAGACUUGCAUCAGUUCUUCAGCCUCAAGAGCCAGUUAUUGCUCAAGUCAUGGCUCCAAUUGGAGGUGAAGUUCUGGUGCUGCUUCUACUAUCAGCCCACUGUUUUGCACAAGAGAUUGUCCCUUCUCCCGAAGAGUACCACUGGUCCUCUCUAAAACCCAUCAGCAGUUUUUUUAAUGUGAGACCAGGAUUGUAU